AUGCAGGAUGUCCUGGGACAGCUUAUUACAGGACCGCAAAUCGUCUUUGGUCACGGAAAGCCGAUAUCGACCAAGAUCAUACUGGCCAAGUCGGAUCUUUCGCCUUUUGUUCCUGGUGGUACUCCUCGCAGUCUGGACGCUGGCUUUGUGCUGGACAGUAAUCGCGGACAAGGUUUUCGGACGGUCAUUGACAUAUACGGCAACGACAUUUAUCCAGACCAUAUUUUACUUUACAACAUUUACAGUCACGGCGAUUACCUAUCUAUGGUAUUCUAUACAAGACCAAGCGACAUCGACUAUACUGCCAUGUGUCUCUCGACCGUGGUUCAAGGCAUAUGCAAUCCUUUGGAUGCUUUCUGCCGGGAUCUUGGUGACUUUGUCGGCAAUAGAGACACAUAA